GCGCCUAUUCGCUCUUUCUGUCAGUCCAGCACUCCUGAAUUGGAGAGUGCCACACUUCAAGGUGAGGGUGGAGGAACAAGGGUGAGAACUACUGAGAACAACAAAGAAGUAAAGAAAAUAUACGGAUAGGGACGGUUAGCUGGCCAAUCCCUUGUCUGUCCAGAAAAGAUGGAACAAGCACACGCCAAGAACACGGCAGAAUGCCUGGCCUACUUCGGGGUGAAUGAGAACAUCGGCCUUUCUCCCGAACAGUUCAAGAAGAACCUGGACAAGUACGGCCACAAUGAGCUGCCCGCUGAGGAAGGCAAGAGCAUUUGGGACCUGAUCAUUGAGCAGUUUGAGGAUUUGCUUGUCAGGAUCCUGCUGCUGGCUGCCUGCAUCUCCUUUGUGCUGGCCUGGUUUGAGGAAGGUGAGGAGACCGUCACCGCCUUCGUCGAGCCCUUCGUCAUCCUUCUUAUCCUCAUCGCUAACGCUGUUGUUGGAGUGUGGCAGGAGCGUAACGCUGAAGAUGCCAUCGAGGCUCUUAAGGAGUACGAGCCUGAGAUGGGCAAAGUUUACCGUUCUGACAGAAAGAGUGUGCAGAGGAUCAAGGCCAGAGAUAUUGUCCCAGGAGACGUUGUGGAAGUAUCCGUUGGUGACAAAGUCCCAGCUGACAUCAGGAUCAUUUCCAUCAAGUCCACCACCCUCCGUGUUGACCAGUCCAUCCUUACUGGUGAGUCCGUCAGUGUGAUCAAGCACACCGAGGCUGUUCCCGACCCCAGAGCCGUCAACCAGGACAAGAAGAACAUGCUUUUCUCUGGCACAAACAUCGCUGCUGGCAAGGCCAUCGGCCUGGCUGUGGCCACUGGAGUCUCCACCGAGAUUGGCAAGAUCCGUGACCAGAUGGCCGCCACCGAGCAGGAGAAGACUCCCCUUCAGGCCAAGCUGGACGAGUUCGGCGAGCAGCUGUCCAAGGUUAUCUCCCUGAUCUGCGUUGCUGUCUGGGCUAUCAACAUCGGCCACUUCAACGACCCCGUCCACGGCGGCUCCUGGAUCCGCGGUGCCGUCUACUACUUCAAGAUCGCUGUUGCUCUGGCUGUGGCUGCCAUCCCCGAGGGUCUGCCCGCUGUCAUCACCACCUGCCUGGCUCUCGGUACCCGCCGUAUGGCCAAGAAGAACGCUAUCGUCAGAAGCCUGCCCUCCGUGGAGACCCUGGGCUGCACCUCCGUCAUCUGCUCUGACAAGACCGGCACCCUCACCACCAACCAGAUGUGUGUGACCAAGAUGUUCGUUGUGAAGGAUGUUGAAGGAGAUCACGUUGAACUUGAUGCCUAUGAUAUCUCUGGCUCCAAAUACACCCCAGAGGGCGAGGUUACUCAGGGAGGUUCCAAGACAAACUGCAGCCAAAUUGACGGCCUGGUCGAGCUCGCAACCAUCUGCGCCCUGUGCAAUGACUCCUCUCUGGACUACAAUGAUUCCAAGAAGAUCUAUGAGAAGGUCGGUGAGGCUACUGAGACCGCUCUGUGCUGCCUGGUUGAGAAGAUGAACGUGUUCAAUUCCAACGUGAAGAACCUGUCCAGGAUUGAGAGAGCCAACGCUUGCUGUGCCGUGGUGAAGCAGCUCAUGAAGAAGAAGUUUACUCUGGAGUUCUCCCGUGACAGGAAGUCCAUGUCCGUAUAUUGCACUCCAACCAAGGGCGACAGCGGUGCUAAGAUGUUUGUUAAGGGAGCCCCUGAGGGUGUGAUUGACAGGUGCGCAUAUGUCCGCGUCGGCACCACCCGUGUCCCCUUCACCAACGCCAUCAAGGACAAGAUCUUGGGUGUCAUGAGGGACUGGGGUACCGGCCGUGACACUCUGCGUUGCCUGGCUCUGGCCACCCGUGACAGCCCACUGAGGCCUGAGGAGAUGGUCCUCGAGGACGCCACCAAGUUCGCUGAUUAUGAGACUGACCUGACCUUCGUUGGCUGCGUGGGUAUGCUGGAUCCCCCCCGUAAGGAGGUCUCCAUCUCCAUUCAGCUGUGCAGAGAGGCUGGAAUCCGUGUCAUUAUGAUCACCGGUGACAACAAGGGAACUGCUAUUGCCAUCUGCCGUCGUAUUGGCAUCUUCUCUGAAGAUGAGGACGUUGAGGGCAAGGCCUACACUGGACGUGAGUUUGACGAUCUUCCCCUCCACGAGCAGUCCGAGGCCGUGGUCAGAGCCCACUGCUUUGCCCGUGUUGAGCCUUCCCACAAGUCCAAGAUUGUUGAGUUCCUGCAGGGUCAUGAUGACAUCACAGCUAUGACCGGUGAUGGUGUGAACGAUGCCCCAGCCCUGAAGAAGGCCGAGAUCGGCAUCGCUAUGGGCUCUGGCACUGCCGUUGCCAAGAGUGCCUCCGAGAUGGUCUUAGCUGACGAUAACUUCUCUUCCAUUGUGUCUGCUGUUGAGGAGGGCAGAGCUAUCUACAACAACAUGAAGCAGUUCAUCCGCUACCUCAUCUCCUCCAACGUUGGUGAGGUCGUCUGUAUCUUCCUCACUGCUGCCCUGGGUCUGCCCGAGGCUCUGAUCCCCGUCCAGCUGCUCUGGGUCAACCUGGUCACUGAUGGUCUGCCCGCCACCGCCCUGGGCUUCAACCCCCCUGAUCUGGACAUCAUGGGCAAGCCCCCACGUUCCCCCAAGGAGCCCCUGAUCUCUGGCUGGCUGUUCUUCAGAUACAUGGCUAUUGGUGGAUACGUCGGUGCCGCCACCGUCGGUGGUGCAGCCUGGUGGUUCCUCUACGAUAGAACCGGCCCCGCCGUCACCUACCACCAGCUGUCCCACUUCAUGCAGUGCCACGAACACAACGAGGACUUCACCGGCAUCGACUGUGACAUCUUUGAGGCAUCUCCCCCCAUGACCAUGGCCCUGUCUGUGCUGGUCACCAUUGAGAUGAGCAACGCUCUCAACAGCUUGUCUGAGAACCAGUCUCUGCUGCGUAUGCCCCCAUGGAGCAACUUCUGGCUGCUUUCUGCCAUGACCUUGUCCAUGUCCCUGCACUUCAUGAUCAUCUAUGUUGACCCUCUGCCCAUGAUCUUCAAGCUGACCCAUCUGAACGUGGAACAGUGGUUGAUGGUGGUGAAGCUUUCCUUCCCCGUCAUACUCAUUGAUGAGGUGCUGAAGUUCUUUGCCCGCAACUACGUUGAGAAAUAAAUACAAUAAACCCACCACCGUUUGCCUGUAACUAAAGCAAGGCAGUGGCAUAGACGCAAAGAAAAAAUAGAGAUGUUGGAGAAGAAACUCUCAAGGGUUGAAGAGAAAGAGGUGGAGAAGAGAGAGAGAGAGAUCACAACGAGAGAGGGGAACCAUAGUGAGCCAACCAAUAGAAGAGAGGAGAAAACACUAAAAAACAUAUCAAAAAAGAAGAUAAAAACAAAAACAAAACAAACAAAAAAAACAAACAAACACUCAUACACACACAAUAAGAAUUGUCAUAAAUAUACAGAAAAAUAAGGACCUCUAUAUAGAGGAGUUUGAAUUAAAAUGGAGGGAAGCAUUAAAAUAUUUGAAUUUAUUCUGAAAGAUAAAGUAUGUAUUAAAGUGACUUUUUUUCUUUUGUUAUCAUUGGAUAUUUUCAGCUGUUGUGUUUUUGUGUCCUGUCCAUUUUCAUAUGAUUGACUUUCCAGCUCAUUAUUUGGAUUCUAGUCUUUGUUGCUUGUGUCUCGUGCAGCCUCCCUGCUUUAGCUGGGCUCUGUACAGCGUGGUGUAGGGCUGAAAAAUGAUUUGAUAGGGGCAGAACUAAAAAAAAAAGAAGAAAAACCCAACGUGCCUCCAGCUGCCAGCACGCUCUAUAGGCACCAUGCAGUCAGCAGACUCUGUUGGAAGUCUCAUGACAUAAAAUGGGCAUGUCCACUCGGUCACAACACUUCUGGUCUUAUUUAUUGUUUACGUUAUAAGCUCUAAUAAAGUGAUAAUUAAAAACUCA